CAACACUAAUGCAGAUAGCCCACGUGCAGUACUGCUUUGCACUCCAGCAAGUUGUUUAUGAAAGAUGGACAGUCCAAGAGAACGUGACGAUAAAAAAAGAAUAAAACAGUUGACUUUGCAAAAUGGCGUGGUGAAGGAGGAAAAGAGAGUAGUACGACAAUUUCACAAGCAAUGCAAGAGUGAAUUCUUGGAGGAGAAUGAUUAUGUAGCAAUUGAUCCAAAUAAGCUUUCAAAUGAAUGCCAUGAAGAAAUACAAAACUUUGAUUCAGACACACAUGAUGCAUGGAUCGUGCAGUGCCCCAGAGGAAUCAGUAUAAGUUCAUUGGUCGGCAAGCGGAUUAAGCUGCCCGGUCGGCGAUUUGUGGGUGACAUUCAGGUGAGGAGCACAGACUAUGAGCGGCCAUUGACUCGCUCCAUUGGCUAUGUGAACAGCAAGGGCAAAUAUGCAGUACGUUCGAUACCAGUGGCCGGCCAUAUGGUCGUCAGUAAACGUCUUAACAUGGAAACGCCAGAUGCGCUUGACAAUGGAGAGACGAAUGCGUCUCCAAAGACGGUUGGACCGCAAAAGUUCAGAUUGCCGGUUCGUCAUCCGUUCUUUGGGCGUGACUACAAGAUGCGCGUUGAUGUCGACAAGAAGACAGCCAAAAGGCUACUCAAUGCGCAGAAAAUGUGUGCCGAAGCGACAAAGCAACUGAGUUCCACUGGUAACUUCUAUAAAAUACGUCAGAAGCUUUUGGCCAGCACCCAGACGCUGAAACAGAAAGAACACGAUGUACGUCAAUCGGUUCUAACAGGCGUAGCUCCUAAAUUUUUGGAGAAAAGCGAGCAUCCCAACUAUGUGGAUUUGUUGGACUCGAGCGAUGGAGAGACAACGAUUAUACAGGAGAACGAGGAGGAGCAUCCUGUCAAAAAAAAGAAAUCCAGCAAAAACAAUGUAGAUCUUAGCUUAGAGGACAACAAUACGGAGAACCCCAGUAAGAAGUUGGAAAAUGACUCUGAAGACAACAAUGUGAAGAAACCAAGUAAAAAGCAUAAAUUGGAAAAUGACUCCGAAGACAAUGCAGAGAAGCCUAGUAAAAAGAAUAAAUUGGAAAUUAAUUCGGAAGACAAUGCGGAGAAGCCCAGUAAAAAGAAGAAAUUGCAAAUUACCAUUGUGGAGAGGCCCAGUAAAAAGAAGAGAUUGGACAGCAUUGAAAGUACAAUUCAGGAAAGUGCGAAAAGGGUGGAAGUGUAUUAA